GGUCUCUGGCGUUCGGCAACAGGUCGAGAACUACAAGUGGCAGUUAAGGUGCUCGACUUGGAUAAGUUCCCAGCUGCAGCUGAGGACUUCCUCAAGGAGGCUGCCCUGAUGCACAGUUUUGAUCAUCCCAACAUUGUCCGCUUUCAUGGCAUUUGCAUCAGUCCAAAUUCCUUGAAGUUGGUCACGGAAUUAGCACCCCUGCGGUCACUGCUGGAGUGUCUACGCGAGCCCGACCUAUACACCAAGUUCCCCGUCUCUAUCCUGCACAAUUUCGCUGUUCAGAUUGCUCGCGGCAUGGCCUAUCUGGAGGAGGAACGGCUUGUUCACCGGGAUCUUGCCGCCCGGAAUGUCCUUGUCUUUUCCACCGAAGAGACAAACUUCAGCACCAACCUGCGCCUGCCCGUGGCGUGGUGUGCGCCUGAGUCCAUCCACGAUCUCUGUUUUACCAGCGCCAGUGACGUCUGGUCCUACGGCGUGACUCUCUGGGAGAUCUUCACCUACGGACUCACUCCUUGGGCCGGUCUUUCGGGAAAGCAGAUCCUUGAGACGAUCGAUACACCAGUAUGUCGGCGGUUGGAACAGCCUAACGCUUGCCCCGAUGCUGUCUACGAUGCGGUCAUGCGUGCCUGCUGGAACCACGAUCCUGUCUCGAGGCCCACUUUUGCCCAACUGGUUGGUAUGUCAUCUGUUUACUGUUUCUAUCUGGCGGGGGGCGGGUGUAUUGUGUCCAGGAGAGAAUAG